GCACACUCACACACCCUCACUCUGUCACGUAAGUCGAUCAAACCAAUGCUCCUUCCUGUUUUUCGCGAGUUCCCUCUCUGCUUAAGUGGAGCUCAAGAAGGGAUUGUACUGACAGAGAACAACAUAGCUGCUAAAGAGUAAGGGAGUUUUCUUUUUAUACCUUUACCAGAGUUUUUCAGUGGGUGACUUUUGACGGCGCCUACAAGAUUAGCCCCCUGGAGUUGCCUACAUAUGCAAUGGGGGGUUGUUAAAUAAGGGUGAGGGGGCAGGGAGGAGGUGAGGUUGUGUCUAGGAGGUGGAGGGAGCGGGUAGGAAACACUUACGUUAGAAUUGAAUUCUAUUACCUUAACUCGAGGAACACUAAGCAGACAGACACUUCCUGAUGGAUAUGACGGGGGAACCCACAGAGAUCCUAUGUCCUAAUUCCUUAUCCUAUGGGCAAAACCUACCCCGGAUUUACAGAGACUGUUGAUGAGUGUACUUCACACACACCUUAACCGUGGAAAAGAAAAGGGCCUGGCGGAGCAUGGAAUCACUGAGGGAGUCUUUUCUGCAUUUGACCUUUCAGAUGUCCUCAUACAAGAGGGCUACUCUAGAUGAGGAUGUCUUGGUUGACUGCACUGGGGAGGAGAUCUACCCCUCCUCUGCCAUGCAGGUGUCAGUGCAACACAGGUCUGGUCCCAGGUGUUGGGCUGAGAAGACACACACUGAGAGGAGGCUGUUGGUUCUGGUGUGUUCACUGGCUGUUGCCUUGUUCUUCACUCUCAUCACUGUCGGCAUCUUCUACAAAAAGAGUCACCCUGGAAUAUGUCUGACAGCACCUUGCAUUACUGUGGCCAGUGCAGUGAUGGGAGCCAUGGACCGCUCUGUGGACCCCUGCCACGACUUCUACAACUUCGCCUGCGGGGGAUGGGUGAGGAACAAUCCUCUUCCCGAGGGAAAGUCCCGCUGGAGUCCCUUCAGUAACCUAUGGGAGCGUAACAUGGCUGUCAUGAAGCACCUGCUGGAGAACACCACGAUGAAGGGUCUGAGUAAGGCUGAGGAGAAGGCUCAGAAGUAUUACCAGGCCUGCAUGAGUGAGGCUAAGAUUGAGAAAUUAGGGGCUCAGCCUCUACAGAAGCUCAUCCAUCAGACGGGAGGAUGGGCUCUUACAGGCUCCUGGGACAAGAACAAUUUCCAGGAGGUUCUGCGCAUAGUGUCGGCCAACUACCGUUGCUCCCCCUUCUUCACUGUGUUUGUCAGCACUGAUUCAAAGAGCUCCAACAGCAAUAUUAUACAGGUGGAUCAAUCCGGCCUUGGGCUCCCUUCGCGGGAAUACUAUCUCAACAAAACAGCCAAUGCCAAGUAUUUGAAUGCGUACCUAGACUUCCUGGUGGAGUUAGGGGUCCUGUUGGGAGGCUCAGAGGAGACGUCAAGAACGCUGAUGCAGGAGAUUGUGGACUUUGAGACCACCCUGGCCAACAUAACUGUACCUCAGGAAGAGAGAAGAGACGAGGAGCUCAUCUACCAUAAGAUGCAGGCGAAGGAUCUGGUGACUUUGGCUCCUUCAGUGGACUGGAUGCCCUUCCUUACAGAUGUGUUUGCCCCUGUACGCCUCAAUGACUCUGAGCCUGUGGUGGUGUAUGCCAAGGACUACCUCCAGAAGGUCUCAGAACUUAUUGCCAGCACUAACAAGAGCAUCCUGAACAACUAUAUGAUCAUGAAAGUGGUGAGGAAGAUGGUGUCCAUCCUGGACCAAAAGUUCCAGGAUGCUGAGCAGCGCUUCCUUGAAGUAAUGUACGGAACCAAGAAGAGCUGCACCCCACGCUGGAAGCUGUGCGUCAGUGACACGGACAGUGCCCUGGGCUUUGCUCUUGGGGCUCUGUUUGUCAAAACCACAUUUGCAGAGGACAGCAAGGCUAUUGCAGAAGAUAUGGUCUCAGAGAUCAAAUGGGCAUUUGAGGACAGCCUGAAGACUGUGGGCUGGAUGGACCAGGAGACCAAAAAGGCAGCCAAAGAAAAGGCUGAUGUCAUUUACAACAUGGUUGGAUAUCCAAAAUUCAUCAUGGACCCCAAUGAGCUUGACAAAGUGUUCAAUGAUUUUGAAGUGGUGCCAGACCUGUAUUUCCAAAAUGUUAUGCAGUACUACAACUUCUCCGCAAGGGUGACAGCGGACCAGCUGAGGAAAACGCCUAACAGAGAUCAGUGGAGCAUGACCCCUCCUACAGUGAAUGCAUACUACAAUCCCACCAAAAAUGAGAUGGUGCUCCCUGCAGGAAUCCUUCAAGCUCCUUUUUACAGCCGCUCAUGGCCAAAGGCCCUGAACUUUGGAGGGAUUGGCGUAGUUAUGGGACAUGAGUUGACACAUGCUUUUGAUGACCAAGGGAGGGAGUAUGACAAGGACGGAAACCUCCGGCCCUGGUGGAAGAACUCGUCUGUGGAGGCCUUUAAGAAGCAGACUCAGUGUAUGGUGGAGCAGUAUAGUAACUACAGCAUUAACAAGGAGCCCCUCAAUGGAAAACACACCCUAGGAGAGAACAUUGCGGAUAAUGGUGGAUUGAAGGCGGCCUACAAGGCUUAUGUGAAGUGGAUUGCAAAGAAUGGAGAGGAGGCCAGCCUGCCAGCCAUGGAGAUGACAAAUCACCAAUUAUUUUUUGUUGGAUUUGCACAGGUAUGGUGCUCCGUUCGGACUCCUGAAAGCUCACAUGAGGGUGUAAUAACAGACCCGCACAGCCCAUCAAGAUAUCGGGUUAUUGGCACUGUCUCCAAUUCCCAUGAGUUCUCAGAGCAUUUUGGCUGCAAAGCAAAUGCCCCCAUGAACCCUACACAUAAGUGUGAUCUUUGGUGAUGCAUAGCUACACAUUUGUCUGCACAGUGGGAAUAAACAGCCAAAUCAAGGCAGAGAUGAAGUAUCUACGGAAGGAGAGCACUGGUCUUAAUACCACUGAAACUCUUGCCCUGAGCUGUCUUGAGCACACUUUACCUGUCUCAGGGUCGAUAUGAGGAUGGAAGCUUGCCCCAUUUCCCAUCUUACAAACAAGCUGUUUGAACUCUGAAAAAGUGUCUUCAUGUUCAUAUAAAGGUGGGGUAACUUUAACACUGGAAAGGAAUGGCACUACAAAUAUGAAAACAAAUGGGAGCUUGUGUCAAAUAGAUUAUCAGCUGCUUUAUUUUAUUUAACAGGAAGUGGUAUUUAUGUUAUGUCUCGUCUUUCACUGUAUCCAUAUCCAAUCAACUGAGAUAAUAUAAUCCAGAGUGAACUGAAAACUAUAUAUUAAUCAUAGUAAUACAAAAAAUUAUCCUUAUUGAAUUGAUCUGAUUCAGUAAGGAUGUGCAUUUUGUUUUACUGGAUUUACAAAGACAACCAUUUUUUACUUUGACCUAUCAAAAAUAUGUAAUAAUAUUGUUUCAAAAUUUUGCAGAAAUGGGCAGCCUGCAGAAAUUGAUACAUUUCUGAUCCAAGUCUUGUAGAUCAGAUCUGAUCAGUCAAAUGACCACAAUUAGCUUGCAGAUGCCUGAGUCCCAAAUUGUUAGUGCAAGAAGACUCAAGGAAUUAUUUGCUGGACCCCACCUCUGUUAUCCUAGGGUCAGGCCAAUUGUGGACCACCCAUGGGAGCCUCCCAUUAACAACCAGCUGUGGUACAUCCUGGUAUUGUAAUGGCACUACUCGUGAGGUCCACAUCCCCUAAUUUUAAGGAGGUAUUAUCCACACAUCCAAAUCAUGCUCCAUAUGGAUACUUUGAUCGUCCCCCCCCCCCCGAUAUGGAACAUAAAUAUGAAUUGGGUACAUCGGGUGGCUGUGUACAUACAGCUUAUGCUCUUAUGUCUGCAUCAACUAAAACUAACAUGAAACUAACAAAUUAUUUCUAUUAAGGCUGAUUUACUGACUGGGUUACUAUCUCCAGUUUCUGUCAUAUGCAUGGUGCUGUAAGAUGUAAACCUGACAAUGGCUGAAUGCCUGAUUGGAACAGGGACAUAUUAUUUUUAUACUAUUUAAUCAGAGCAUUCUUGUGAUUGAUACUCAUGCCAUGACUUCCCAGUGCCAUACAGUUAUUUUUGUUCUCUAAUAAACCUCUAAUGAAUUCUGU